AACACAUUUGUGCACUGCAGCUAGAUGGCACCAAGAGACAUUAGGAUUAUGGAUGAUGGUAAUGGACCACACAAAAGAAUUAGGACAAACCACUAUUCUUCUAUUUCUCCCUAUAAUAGGAAACGCAUUGUGAAGGCAGAGUAUAUAUUGAGAGCAGCAGGUUUACAGAAAUUGCGUCCUAACAGUUGUCGAGUUAUGCAUGCGGAAAAAGAUGAAGAUGAAAUAACUUAUGAGGAACUUUUUGAUUUGGCUGAACAAAUUGGCAAUGCAUGCACUGGUUUAUCAAUGAAAACAAUUGAGACUCAAUUGAAGACCAAAGUUUAUACAACAAACCCAGUGGCUAUUGCUUUGGAGAAGUCACAAUCUGAUGAUCAAAAAAUUGACUCAUGCAUAAUAUGUCAUGACAAGUUUACUAAUCAAGAAGAGAUUGCAAUUCUUCAAUGUGAGCAUGAAUUUCACAUUGAUUGCAUAACAAAGUGUCUUAUUUUGAGGAACAAAUGCCCAAACUGCAAAUCAGAAGCCCUAACUUCUCAAGACAAGGAUGCAUAGGAGCUUAUAAAUUCUUCAUUCAUUCAUGCAUGCAUGUCCUUUCAUUUCUUUCAAUGUACUUGAAUAGCUUGAUAUUAGACAUAAUUUAUGUUUUUCUAUUUUAUUAUUUACUUUUUGGACACUAGAAAUUAAUAUUUCUUGAUAUGUAUGUACUUUUGAUAUUUCUAGGUAUGUAUGAUCUUCAUAUCUAUACACAUUUUCAAUUCUACA